GGGAGGGAGGGGGAGCGCGUUUUGUUUCUUUUCACACUGGCCCUAAAGAGGAUAUAUUAGAAGUUGAAAAGGAAGGGUGAGAAGCAGGCCGAUGGCGCAAAGGUACGACGAUUUACCCCAUUACGGUGGGAUGGAUGGAGUGGGGAUUCCGAGCACCAUGUAUGGGGACCCCCAUGCCGCCAGAUCCAUGCAGCCUGUCCACCACCUGAACCAUGGUCCUCCGCUUCACUCCCAUCAAUACCCGCACACAGCUCACACCAACGCCAUGCCCCCCAGCAUGGGUUCCUCUGUCAAUGACGCUUUAAAGAGAGAUAAAGAUGCAAUUUAUGGACAUCCCCUCUUCCCACUCUUAGCACUGAUUUUUGAGAAAUGUGAACUAGCGACGUGCACGCCCCGGGAGCCCGGGGUAGCGGGAGGCGACGUUUGUUCUUCCGAAUCUUUCAACGAAGACAUUGCCGUGUUCGCGAAACAGAUACGAGCAGAAAAACCCUUAUUUUCUUCUAACCCCGAACUGGAUAACUUGAUGAUCCAAGCCAUACAAGUAUUAAGGUUUCAUCUGUUGGAAUUAGAGAAGGUACACGAAUUGUGUGACAAUUUCUGCCACCGGUACAUUAGCUGUUUGAAAGGGAAAAUGCCAAUCGAUUUGGUAAUAGAUGAUAGAGAAGGCGGAUCAAAAUCAGACAGCGAAGACAUAACGAGAUCAGCAAACCUAACAGAUCAGCAGCCUUCUUGGAAUAGAGACCAUGAUGACACAGCAUCAACACGGUCAGGAGGAACGCCAGGGCCGUCAAGUGGGGGGCACACAUCACACAGUGGGGACAACAGCAGUGAACAAGGUGACGGCUUGGACAACAGUGUAGCUUCUCCCAGCACAGGUGAUGAUGAUGAUCCAGAUAAGGACAAAAAGCGACAUAAAAAGCGCGGCAUCUUUCCCAAAGUAGCCACAAAUAUCAUGAGGGCAUGGCUGUUCCAGCAUCUAACACACCCUUACCCUUCAGAAGAACAGAAAAAGCAGUUGGCACAAGACACAGGGCUAACAAUACUUCAAGUGAACAAUUGGUAAGUAAUUAUACUUCAGUAUUUACCCAGUAUCAGCAUUAAAGCCUCUGACAACUUGCAGCUAAUGGUUUGCAUUAUGAUGAUCCACCUUUUAGUAACCUUCUUUCUUUCCUAGUUUAGGAUGGCAAAUCCAGCAUAGUUUAGAGAAUGCUUUCAGCUAAUGGAACCAGUUAUUUUAUUCUUCCUGUAUUAUGGCUAUUGGCUUUUACACAGCAGUGGAAAUAGUUAGGUUUCUUUUUGUAAGUAUUUGUAUGGUGAUUGGCUAGAAUGGAUUUGUUUUAGGCUACCUUUCAAGAAAUCAAUUUCUCAACAGCUAGGAAAUUACAAAUGAAUUGGCCAUUAUUAUAGUUAUUUCAUACUCAUCUAAUAUUAUUCACAAAUGCUGCAGUUGAGCAUGGAGCAGUCUAAAUCCUAUUAAUGUCUCUCAAGCCAUGAUGGAGAAAGUUGGUUAACAAAAUUACUAAUAAACUAAUUAGUAAAAAGAACAAGCAGAAAUACAAAUGCCCAAAUCUUGGUUUAGGAGGGAAACUAAAAAUUCUUAAAAUAUAUUUAGUUUUUGCUGUUUCUAAUAGUUUAGCUCUUAAUAGAUAAAAAUGCAGUUUAAAAAAAAUUAGUGUGUUGCAUUUGUUCUUGAUAUGAAAUGCAGGCUUCACCCUGAAACAGCAGUUAAAUUAUAUAAAAAUCUAAUGCUGUGUAAAAUUAACUGAAUCUAAUUAAUUGUCCCAGUUAUUUUAGAUUACUGUUUACAAUAUGGAAAUCUUAUCAUCUUUGAAGUAAUAUUCAGGAAAUGGCUAAGGCAAGCUCCAAUAUGACGUGAAAGAGAUCUAGACAAUUUGUUUCUCUUUUCUUAUUAUUCCAAAAGUGUCAGAGAUUAAUAUUGCUGAAACUUUGAUUACAAGGGUAAUCCAUUUUAGUGAAUAAAUUUGGUUGUGAUGUUUUAUUGCACCUGCAUUAACCAGCUUUUCACAGACAGAAUGACUAGAGACCAAAGAGAGGGGCUUCAGAUAUAUUAAACUCUAUUAUAGAAAAUGUAAUUUCUGUCAAUAUAAUCCCAUGUAUUCUUCAAUUUAGUACUUUGGAGAUAACAAGGUACUUACAAUAUAUUUGCCUUCAGAGGAUUAAUUCACCAAGUGCUGCUAUCUGUAAGACACAGACAGGCUUAUAUAAUCAGAGCUUGUAAAGGUUAUCAAUUUCUGUGACCUUACAACAGACAUAGGAGAUCAAUUUGCUGUAGCCUUUUAAAUAUGUUGAACAAUGAGAUCAGAGAAUGCUUUGUGUGUUGAUUUACACUUAUUUUUGAAUACUGCAUACCAAAUAAUAAAUAAUUAUGUGUUAAUCACUAAUAAGGACAUCGGAAUAUAAAAGCACACUUGAUGCAGAUUUAUUAUAAGAACAAGCCUGGCUUGAAUGUCUGUAUUUGUUUUGUUGGAUCCUUAAAAUGGUGUGUACUUUUGCAAAUAUGUAAUGCUACUACUUGUAAAGUUUGUUGAAAUUGCUCUUUGCAGGUGAAUUAUAAAAUAUUGCAUCCCAUGCAUUUGUAAAAACUUACACAAAAGUUCAUGAUGAGGUUCUCAUAGUUUUGUCUGCAGAACUUCUGUAUAAAUGAGAGAACACAUUUGGAAUUAGUUGCACAUUUAUAAUGCAAUGAUGUAUAUAUAUCUAGCUGGGUGUCUCUACUCUUCUACUAGCAAUUCUAUCUUACUAAUAAAUCCUUGGGAAAUAUUGUGAAAGCAAGUUUUCAGAUAUGGCCCUUAUGUUACACUGAAUCAUCAGAAUUUUGUAUUUGGUUUCAUUUUUAUUCUACUUCUAUAUCAAGGACUGUAGUGUGGUUGUGAUUCAGUGCAUUUAUUUUAAUAUGUCUUCUGUGGUGUUACAUAUUUCAUUAACCUGGUAAAUAUUUUUUAAAGGGUGGGGUUUAAUAACCUAAAAUAAAAUGUUAAAACAUGAGUUAUUUAAGAGUCACAUUAAAAGGGAUUAAGAGUCAAAUUAAAAUAGAAUGUCCAAGAAAUAAAAGGAAAAAAGAUUGUCAAGUUCAUCAGAGUUCAAAUGAGACAAGGCAUGUUGGUUAUAAGCAGGAAUGUAGGAGAUAGUUUUUGUUAGGGCUUGUACUGUUGUAUUUUCUAGCCCUGUUUGAAGAACUCAGAUCCCUUGAAGUGAACAGGCCAUAUUCCCUGAGUCAAGAUUGGCUAGAAAUAUAUAAACUAUAUUGUAUGUUAUUAUAAGCUUGUGAAUUAUUCCAGCCUUCAAGGAUAGAUUUGAAACCUAGAUAAUCUAUCAACAAUUAUGCUGGGUAUGACUAACAUGUAAUAUCCUAAGGGAAAACAAUGUGGUUUAUGAUAGCUUCCUAAAUACUUCAUUUUGUUCGGAGUAUUUCUAAAUAGUAUUGUGCAAAUAGAAAGCCAGUAUGAUGCAUCUGGCCUCUAGGAUUUUUUUUUUUUAAUCUGACUCCUUAGCAGCUGAAUGUUCUAAGUUGAAAUUCUAAAAAAAUCAUGAUAUUGGGUAUAUAUUAGAGAAGCCCUUGGUCAAGUAUUAGGGUAUUUCUCUUUGUACAGGAAAAAUCCUAUUUCCCAAGGCAGGGGUUAAACAAGAGCCGCCCUAUCGUGAGUGACUACGUGCUUGCUUUGCAUAUCCAAAUUAAAAGCCCAGAAGGUAUUGGAGGUAGACAAAGUUAUACAUGUACUGGACUGCCUGCCCUGUAUCAUCUGAACUAUCCUGCCACAUGUAAAUGAAAUAGAAACAGCCAGCACUGAAUUAAAAUUCAGCUGCCAGGUUGGAUGACUUCUCCAUGAAGAGUUUUGGUGAGGGUGACGGUGAGGGCAUUUUAGAUUUUGCCUCAGGCAGCAAAAUGUCUUCGAAUGGCCCUAGAUUAGCCUCUACUUUCCACAGUGAGGCACUUGAAAGAGAAAUAGAAAUAAGUUUCACUGUAAGGAGCUAAACAACUUAAGCCGGUACUCCAGGGCUUCGGAUGCUGUGCUAAAACAAGCCAAUACAGAGAUAAUAUAUUUCAUGAACAAUUAUGUGCACUGUGACUAGAGCUAUGUAUUGUUCAAGAUAUGAAUCUUUUCUCUGACAUCAAACAAUUAGGGUGGCCUUAAGCAAGCAAUUCUCUCUCAACUUUAGCCUCCCAAAUGCAAUUUGGCAGAAUAAUAUAGAUUUACCUUAGAGGUUGGAUUAUAUUACAUUAUACAUUAAGUCCUCUGUUAAAUUAAUUUUAAAAAAGUUUUAUAACAGCUUAUGAUACAGUUGACAAGAUAAAUUUUAAAGCAAUAAACUAGAAAGUAGUUAACUAAAAUGAAGUUUACAACUUCUACAAAUUUUUAAAGCACUAUGCAAAUUAGGAUUGUAUGAAGCAUCCAAAAGAUGUGCUUGCAAAACAUGUUAGCAGAAGUGGAGUACUUUCUGUGCAUGAAUAUGCAGACAGUCUGGAACAAUGUGUGAAAAAGUUGUAUGAGAUUUCCACCUCUUUCAAAUACUUUACACAGCUCUAACACAAAUUCUAUGUCAUCAGUUUGUAAUGGUGCCAGUUAUAUAUUCUACUUUUGGAGAAGGAAGAAUUAAGCUCAAGAUGUUGACUUGCCCAAGGCAGCCAGUAGUAGCACCUAUUGGCAAUCAUAGGUUUGCCUUGUACCAGAUUUAUGGACUGUUCUCCAGAUGUCUUUUCACUGAACUAUGAUAGGCCCCUUUUGCCUGUUCUUUGGAAAAUACUUCCAAGUAGUUAACAUAAUUUAGUUCAGGGAAAGUAAUUAUCGGCUAUAUUGUAGAGAUCUGUAUAAUUAUACUUUUUUCUACAAGAAAAAUCUAAUCUAUAGAUUAGUUUUACCUUGUUUAGUUGACACAUAUAUGAUUCAGUUGUAAUUCUCUGGGAUUUUUUUCUUUGUUUAAAUCUUUCAAAAUUUGUUAAUAAUCAUGAACAUUUUUAUUCUGAUGAGUUAGUAAAUGUUGCAGAGAUUUAAUGAAGUCUGAAUGGCAGCUUGGGUGUAGAUCAGUUAUGAAUGAUUACAUUAUGGCAUGGGCAAAUACAUGAAAUUUACAUGAAAAACAAAAGCUCAUGACUUGAGAGCAUAUGAUAUUUGAAUAAAAAUAUAUUUGAUUUGAUGGCCUUCUGAAAGAUGAAAGAUUUUUCAGUAUGCUUUCUGAAAAUACCUUAAAGAAUUUAUUUUGAUAUAUUUUGAAUUUAAAGUAACAUUUAUCUGUGUAUGUUGAUUUUCUUUCAGGUUUUUAUGGGCAUAUAAGAUCACAAGACUGCUAAGACCAUUCAUAAUGUUUCAAUUAUUUUAAAGCAGCAAAACACUGGAAUAUUAUAACAUUAUAGCUGGAGAUCAAUUUGCAAUUUCUACCAAAUAUUUCCAAUUAUGUCCGAAUCUAACAUAAUAAUAAUUAAAAAAAAAAACAGUAAAAGUUUGUAAGGCAAAUGUUAGGAUUUAGAAGCAUAAGAUUUUGUCUCUGUGAUCAACCUCUGAAGCAUGUAAUAGUCAUUGGGAAAGAAAGAAAAAGAAUAUAAAAUAUGAUGGUGAAAAGACCCAGCAGGAUUAGCUUAAACAUUUUUUUUAUAAUCCCCCUUAUAUUGUUCAGUUUUAGCAUUCAGCUUCCAGAAACCUUACUAAGAUUUAUGGAAAGAUUAUAUCCAUCUCUCUUGCCAUUCUCAUGCUCAUGGGUUUCAUCUGUUUUGCUUUGCAUAUUCUUAUUGUUAUUAUUACAUGUACUGAUUUGUUAAAAAAUCGGAAGCAGGCAUGUUGGAAAACAAAAUGCCAACUAGAAGGAUAGUCUUUAUUUCCAAAAAUGAUUCAGUGCCCUGCAUAUACUUCAGAUGCAUCUUUAUAAAAAAAUUGACUCAAAAAAGGAGGAAAAAUAAGCAUCUGAAGGAGAGAAAGUAAUGGAGAGCUCAUCCCUCUCAGUUUCCUUUCUUUGAAUUGGGUAUUUUGUGACUAAAUACUUUCAUUAAUAUAGUCAUUUUUGUGAGAGUGCUAAUGACAUUGUUUCAACAUUCCAUAUGCGCUCACUUAUCUAGAAGGGUGGCGACUCUUUUAAAGCAAUGUUCUUAUGAGAACUAGUGUGAUAACUAGUUGAUCAUUGUUAUUCAAGUAGAUGAAAACACAUGACGAUUUAAUAUUCAGAUUUCUACCAUAUGUGGUUUUUUUGCUGGACUAAUCUGUAGAUUGCUGGUCAAUAUUUUCCAUGCUCCUCCCUCUCCCUUGUCCUUUUGCUUUCUUUAAUUUAGCUCAGCCUUGAUCUGCUUCUUUUCCUUGUCCUUGAGGUUGACAUGGUUUUUCUGAAGCCCACCUAUUGGCAAUAGUGAGGAGGGGAAAAUGGGAUACUAGGAGAUUUUCUUCUCCCUCCCUCCUUUCUUUCUUUCUUUCUUUCUUUCUUUCUUUCUUUCUUUCUUUCUUUCUUUCUUUCUUUCUUUCUUUCUUUCUUUCUUUCCAUCUAAUGUAACAUGUACAGUUAAACACAGGCUCAGACAGUGUUCCAUGAAAUCUAUCAAAAUACUCAGAAUAUGAAUUUCUAGAUUUCAGAAGAGAAAUUAUUCCAUGUUUUAUGAUUUCUGAUGUGAAGGAAUGGAAGAAAUAUGGAGGGACAGCUUAAGCUUAAUCUGCUAAUGAACUGGAUGACAUCUGCAUGUAGGCACAUAAUAGCUGAGAUAAAACAUAUGCCAAAGCACAGAUUACCUCAAAAAGGUGGGAAAGAUCAUGAAUGAUUCAGAUCAUGGAUGAUUCAUUUUUUGUAUGCAAAUAUAUUAUAAUAUUUCCUUACAUAUUAUAUCAGAGCACAGCAAACCCCCAUCCAAUCAGAGCACAGCCAACCCCCC